AUGUCAACAAGUACAACAUAUAUUGCGGAUCAACAACGUACAUUUAAUAUAACCAAUGAAAAUAAUAAUUUUCAAUCAUUGGUCAGUUUGUUUUCCAUCAAGAAAGAAGAAUAUCGAGAUUUUAAUUGUCUUAAUCAAACUAUUCGUCAAUUAGAUUUUGAUUUUUAUAAUGAUCUUCUUCCAACAAUAGCUAAAUGGGCUUCUGAUCACACACAAUCAAAGUUAAUUGAACCACUUCAAGCAGGUACAACAGCAACCAUUGUUUAUACAGCAGCACAAGUACGUUAUAUUCUUGCAAAUGCUUUUUUUCUUAAUACAAAAUCAGGAUAUGGAAAUAUUGAUUUAACUCAUUUAUAUGAUUCAUUAUUUGAUGGUUUAGCUGUUGAAAGAAUACGAUGUUUAAUUGAAUAUUUUCGUCUAUCAUCACAACAAAAUGAUAAUCGACAAAUUUCAAUUGAACGAUAUUCAUAUAAAAAUGAAUUACCAGAUUGGAAUAAACAAAAUAUUCCAAUAGAAUCAUCAAAAAUUAAAAUAUUUACUGGUCGAAUGGAAGAUGCUAAUGAAGCACAAGGUCUUGUUGAUUUUGCUAAUAAACAUAUUCAUAUACAUAGAAUUAUUCCAUCAGCUACACAAGAAGAAGUUAUAUUUAGUUGUUGUCCAGAAGCAUUUUUAUCUAUUCUUGUAUGUGAAACAUUACAACAUGAUGAAAUUGUUAUUCUUCGUGGAUGUAAACGAUUUAUUGAAUAUACUGGUUAUGCUGAUACAUUUCGUUAUAAGAGUCAUCAUCAUGAACAAAAUCCAGCAUAUAUUCAAGAGAUUCUUGUUAUGGAUGCAUGUUAUAAUGGUCAAUUUAUACGAAAUACUAUUGAUCGAGAUUUAGGCAAAGCAUGGGCAGCAUUUGAUAAAUCAAAAGAUGAAAUUAUUGUUACUGGAAAUUGGGGAUGUGGAGUAUUUGGUGGUGAUUUAAUAUUAAAAUUUUUACAACAAUUAUGUGCAGCAAUGAUACUUGGAGAUCAUUUUAAAAGACUAGACUAUUCUGUUUAUGGUGAUGAGAAAUUAGCAACAAAACUCAAAUAUUUAGUGGAAAAUUUGGAAAAUAAUAAAAAGACAGUCGCUGAUAUUUAUCAAAUGAUGAUCAACUAUAGUGAAAUUAGUGAAUUACGUUCGUCACGACCAGAAUUUAUUGACUAUUGUGAGAAAUGGCUAAAUGCUUCGUAA